AUGACCACUCCUACUCUAAUCAACUUGCCACCUCCCCCAUCGGACCCGGUCACCCCGUCUGAGAUGGGACCAGGCACCCCUAACUCCGGCACAACCUCCCUAUCCGCCCUCUCCACCACCGCCAUCAAAGACGGCCAUCAGGGCCAUUUCCCCCACGGUCGUCACGCCCACCACUCUUCCACCUCAUCAGCUACAACCCUAGAAGCCGAACGCGCAGAUCGUAUCUCACGACUCGCCGGCCUGGAGCGCGUCGCCACAGCCCGCGCCGGCAACCAGACAUCCCAAAUCCCCCCAUCGCAUGCCCCCGGUUAUUUCGAGAGCCAAGCGCUGAAAGAGCGCAGCACCGUCGGCAGCGCCAGUGCGACUGGCAGUCUCGCCGGUCGCACCACCUGGGCCAGUAGCAGCGAUGUCUAUGACGCCGACAAAAUGAGCGAGGACCACGAUGACGAGACGGACAGCGUCGGCAAUGUCAGUGAAAGCAACGCUAGUCUCGUUGGCUUCGGCGAGGGCGCAAAUAGUACCAUCAGCGGUCCAGUUUCUCGUCCCCCGGGCUUGAAUCGCAUUUCCUCGGGCCAUGGGAACCGUCCUCCUUCCAUGAGCUCGAAUGUAAGUCGUCCCAAUGCUCUCUCUUCGUAUCUCCAGCAACAGCAGUAUCAUGCUGGGGAGCGAUCGAUGGUCUCGCCAUCGCCUGCGGGUUCGAGUACACCGGAACCCUUGAGUGAGGAUGCCCGCAUGGUGGACGGGAUGACUUUUGAUCCGGAUGUGGUUGAUACUACUGCUCGCACGCCGCGCAUGGCUACGCCGUCUGGUGGCAAUGGGAUUGGAUCACCGGGUCGGGAUUAG